UUAGUUAAGCUCAUGGUCAAUACUUGUGGUCAUGGCUGAUGCAUACCUUUCUCUUCAAGAUUUUUCUUGCAAAAACAACUCGGGUUCAAGGAACCCAGAAGUUCCUUCUUCUAGGGGGUGGAGAAUUGCUGGGUUGUAACAGGUCGUGCAGGCGGCAACCACUCGAUGGGUCCCUUUCAGGUCGGUGUUUCUCUCUCUCUCCCUCCCACUCUGUCUGAACAGAAGAUGGAAGAAUGUCCUCGGGUGAGGAUAAUGAAAAGAAAGGAACCUGCUGAAGCUACUCCUGCCCAGGAAGGACAGGUGGGGGCUGUGCCCUGGGCAGGGAUCGAACUUUGUUCCUCUGAACCUGAGGGCUGCGCUGUGCUUAGCUUCUGCCAGGCGGGCCUCCACCUCCCAUCCCUGGCCUCUGCCUCCAAGCACUUGGCCUGUGGGUCCUCAGAAGAGCCAUGGACCCCACAGAAAAGUCCAAGUGCCGCUCCCUUCGUCCUCUGGCCUUUCUCCUGACCGUGCUCGUCCUGGUCUUCCUCAGCGCUGGGGUCCUGAGCCCAAGAAUUCCGGUGCUGGGGACCAGACCAGGAGGAGCAGGCGAAGUUGCUACAAAGCCAGCCGGCCAGCAAGUUGUGAAAUUACCGAGGAUGGUUUAUCCCCAGCCCCGGGCGCUGACACCCUCAAGGAGAGAUGUCCUUGUCCUGACCCCCUGGCUAGCCCCCAUCAUCUGGGAGGGCACCUUCAACAUUGACAUCCUGAAUGAGCAGUUCCGGCUCCAGAACGUCACCGUCGGGCUCACCAUCUUUGCCAUCAAAAAGUAUGUGGUCUUCCUGAAGCUGUUUCUGGAGACGGCGGAGGAGCACUUCAUGGUGGGGCACCGGGUGAUCUACUACAUCUUCACCGAUCGGCCGCAGGACGUGCCGCGCGUGCCCCUGCGCAAGGGCCGCCGCCUGGUGGUCCUCCAGGUCCCCGCUGCCGCGCGCUGGCAGGACGUGUCCAUGCGCCGCAUGGAGAUGAUCAGUGACUUCUGUGCGAGGCGCUUCCUGCGUGAGGUGGCCUUCCUGGUGUGCACGGACGUGGACAUGCGCUUCCGUGACCACGUGGGCGUGGAGAUCCUGUCCCCGCUCUUCGCCACCCUCCACCCCAGCUUUUAUGGGGCCACUCGCCAGACCUUCACCUACGAGCGCCGGCCGCAGUCACAGGCGUACAUCCCCAUGGACCAGGGUGACUUUUACUACCUGGGGGGCCUCUUUGGGGGGUCGGUGUCCGAGGUUCACCGGCUCACCACGGCCUGUCACCAGGCCAUGACGACUGACCGCGCCAACGGCAUCGAGGCCGUUUGGCAUGACGAGAGCCACCUGAACAGGUACCUGCUGGACCACAAGCCCACCAAGGUGCUGUCCCCGGAGUACCUGUGGGACGAGCAGUUGCUGGGCUGGCCAGCGGUCAUGAAGAAGCUGAGAUACGUGGCUGUGCCCAAGAACCAUCAGGAAAUCCGCAACCGCUGAGGGGUGGAGGAGGGCUGAGGGGGGCUGUGGGGGACCCAGCCUACCUAGGGUGUUACCCAAAAGGGUUAGUGAUGUUUUCAAAGGAAAGGUAAAAGCUUGAAAAAGCAGAAACUGUGAAAAUGUGUUGCUUGCAUGACCUUUGCUCAGCCUUCUGUUGCCGAGUAACAGCCUUUUGGAUCAUCUGGAACCAACGACUCACCCAGCAGAUGCAGGACGAGAUUCCAGACCAGUCAACUGCAAAGGGGACAAUGGGCCAGGCAGGUGACGUCGGCAGGAACUGCCGGAAGCUAGAAGCCUAGUCUAUAACCUACACCCCAACUGUUAUUCAAGGCUGACCCCUUUUCCGCUCAGCCCGCCUGCCCCCAGGCGCAUGCAAUAAAAUCGUUUUGGACUUGGGUUGUGAAUGUGAU